CAAAUGUUUGAUUAACAACGGAACACCUUUGAUAUAUAGCUUAUGACAAUGUUGCAGAAGACAUGGGCUAUUUUCGGCGCUUUGGCUGGUGCAGCAGCAAUGACUGCUAUUUACUUCCAUAAAAAACGACGUACAGUUGCUAUAAAACCGAAAAUGCAGCUGUAUGUGUUUGACAAAUUUCGUUCAAGGCGAUGUGAAUGGCUUUUGGCAGAAGUGUGGUCACUUGAUUCUAGAACUUGGUGUUCAGAACGAAGUUGAAUGCAUCACGAUGAACCCCCGGGAUCCAGAUCAAGAGAAGCUUGCACAGUAUAGGAAGAUUCAUCCACAUGGCACCAUACCCUGCUUGGUUGUGGAGGGGCGGCAAGCAAUCAUCGAGUCAGGUGCAAUAUGUCUCUACCUAGCUGAUGUCUAUGGGAAACUAGGACCAGAGGCAGACAAAGAGGCAUUUUAUAGCUGGUUGGUGUACAGUACAGCAACCCUGGACGAAGUGAUGGAGAUCCUGUUUGUACAGUGGGUGUUAACAGACCUUCCUGAUCAAGACGCAGACCUCAUCAACAAAUGUGUGCUCAAGUUCAACACCGCAGCAAAAUACCUGUCACAGUGCCUUUAUGGCCGGGAUUACAUUUGUGGCAAUAAAUUCACAGCAGCAGACUGUGUGCUGGGCUACAACAUCUGGUGGGCAUUGGAAAUGAAGGAAGGCCUCUUACUCAAGGACUUCCCUCUCAUUCUUGACUACUACAAGAGACUUCAAAUGCGUAGUUCAUUUCAGCGCGUCUUUAGUGAACUGUUUUAAGAACUAUGGUAUUUUAACAGUUGUCAGUCUUUUUACCACUGUACAGUUGGUGUUAUAUGUAAGUCAUUCUGUCGGUCAGUCAUUUUGUCCUCUUUAAAUGUUAUGUAGUGCAAACUAUUUCCAGAUUGCACAGCAAUUCAGUUGAAGCUUAAUGUGGAGUUGUUUAAGGUGCUUCUCAUGCCCAAUUAUCCAUACAUUUAUCUUGAGUUAUAUGCACUUGAAAUUCGACUUGAGAUUUUGUAAGUGAUUUGUUGAGACAUUUACUAUGUCAUCCAAUGAAGUUUUGAUGGAGAAGACAUUUUUUACAUCCCCAAAGAUCCUUAUAUUUGUGCCAUAUUUGCCCCUAAACAUUGCUGGCAGGGGUAUACAUUUGUAAUUUAUGUUUGUGACAAAUGCCUUUUUGUAUAGAUUUUUUAUUGUACACCGGUACUUUUUACUGCCAUAUUUUUUCAUUGUGAAUUUGAUAUUGCUGCAUAAAGUUUCAAGUUUGAUAUUAAAUUUUUAUUUGCCAUAUACAUGUUAAUGUAUUUUCUAUGAUGUAAACUUGAAUUAUACGGGUACAUCAGUUUAUUUGCUGCUGUGUACAUGUUGAUGUUCUUUGUUUAAGAUCAUAAAAACAAGCAAAUACCCUUCUGUAGUGCUUUAAUUAUUUUCUGCUGUGCAUUAAGGCUAAUUGCAGUGAUUAUAUUCAACAUUGUUAGCUCGACUAUUAUAUAUGAAAUAUAUAGUGGAGCUAUCCUACUCACCCCGGCGUUUCCGUUAGCGUUAGCGUGCAAAUGUUAAAGUUUUCGUACUACAUCAAUUAUUUUCAUUGUCCCUUGACAUAUUGCAUUAAUAUUUUGCAUACUUGUUUACCAACAUGACCCCAACCUAUAAACAAAAACAGACAACUCUAUCAAGCAUUUUUUCAUAAUUAUGGCCCCUUUUUCCACUUAGAAUAUAUAGCAAAUGUUAAAGUUUGCGUACUACCCCAAAUAUUUUCAAUGUCCCUUUACAUAUUGCUUUCAUAUUUUGCAUACUUGUUGACCAUCAUGACCCCAACCUAUAAACAAGAGCAGACUUCUGUAUCAAGCAUUUUGACAGAAUUAUGGCCCCUUUUAUACUUAGAAUAUGCAUAUUAUUGAUAAAUCUAUGUUAAAGUUUGCGUACUACCCCAAAUAUUUCCUCUGUCCCUUGACAUAUUGCUUUCAUAUUUUGCAUACGUGUUUACCAACAUGACCCCAACCUAUAAACAAGAGCAGACAACUGUAUCAAGCAUUUUGACAGAAUUAUGGCCCCUUUUAUACUUAGAUGAUUGAACAUUUUCCUUAAAUUGCCAUAACUUCUUUAUUUAUGAUCAGAUUUUAUUAAUACUUUGACAAAACAACACUUACCUGAAUACCACAAUGGAUUCCACCCAAACAAAACACCACGCCCCAACCCAGAACCCCUGC